AUUAGAUUUAAUGUCAUUAAAAGAUCAUAAUAUAAUAUUAUAUAAAAGUUAUACCUUUUUACAAUAUGAAAUUUCGUUUUUCAAAAUCUCGAUUUCUUUCUGUUUCUUUAAUAUUCUCUUUUCUAAUUCUUCUAAAUCAUUUGGAAAUACGUUCAUACUCUCAUCAAUUCCCACGUUUUCCAUAUCAUUUUCGAGAUCAAAUCGUAUCUUUUUCAUAGCAAUUGAUUCUUGAGACAAUUUUCGUUUAGUAUUUUCCCUACUUGAUAUUAAAUGAAUUGUUUAUGUAAUAAAUAUAUAUAUAUAUAAUUUCAUCCUAAAAAUAUUCUACUUACACUUGCGAUUUAAUGUUUACUUGUUCUAAACUUUUAACAUUAGAUUUACGUUUGAGAGUCACAUCAGAAGUGUUAAAUAAUGAACGAAACGGUUUGUUUACUGUUGGACUAUUUUUCAGUUUCAUAUGUGCUGAAGUUAUGGUUUUUUCACACAUUUUGUAAUAAUAAAUUUGUUAUUGUUUACAUAACACACAAUUUAUUAAAAAUUAAUACUUAUUCAAUCAACAUCAAAUAAAUAAAUCAAUGUCAUAUGAAAUUCAUUCUAAAUUACACAUCCUAAAAAACAUACUUGUUUCUCUGAAAUCAUGCGUUCAUUAAGUAGAAAGAAAUCACGAUUGGUGGAAUAACGAAUAGUCAUCGUCCAAUCAGCGUUGUGACAUACAGCGACACUGAAAACGCUUUCGAUCUGUUGUGUUUUAUUCUAACCUCUUCACGGUAAUGUCGAUGUUUCUUCGUUAAUAAAAGUGUUAAUUAUAAAACUUCCUUAAAAAUAUAAAAUAAUAUAGAAGUUUAACAUUUUUUUUAAUUAUGGAUAUCAGACCAAAUAAUACAAUUUAUAUAAAUAAUCUAAAUGAAAAGAUAAAAAAAGAAGAAUUAAGAAAAUCGUUAUAUGCAAUAUUUUCUCAAUUUGGACAGAUAUUGGAUAUAGUAGCAUUAAAAACAUUAAAAAUGCGUGGUCAGGCAUUUGUCAUUUUCAAAGAAAUAGCUAGUGCAACGAAUGCCUUAAGAUCUAUGCAGGGAUUUCCUUUUUAUGAUAAGCCAAUGAGGAUACAGUAUGCUAAGACAGACAGCGAUUUAAUUGCAAAAAUGAAAGGCACAUUUGCAGAACGCCCCAAAAAACCAAAACGUGUAGUACCAGCUGCAGAUGAAGAAGCAAAACGUGCAAAGAAGCGUGCUAAGGAACAAGCGAAACAUUCACAGCAAAUUGGAUAUCAUCCUGGUGUACCGCAACAUCCAGGAUUAGUUAAUACAGCUGUACCUGAACAACCACCAAAUCAAAUUUUGUUCCUUACAAAUCUUCCUGAUGAAACUAGUGAAAUGAUGUUAUCUAUGCUUUUCAAUCAAUUUCCUGGUUUCAAAGAAGUUCGUUUAGUACCGAAUCGGCAUGAUAUUGCAUUUGUUGAGUUUGAAAAUGAAGUUCAAUCAGGUGCUGCCAAAGAUGCACUUCAAGGAUUUAAAAUUACACCUUCACAUGCGAUGAAAAUAUCUUUUGCGAAAAAAUAAUUACAAAGACUUUAAUCUUAUGAUUAUUAAUGAAAUAAAUGUGUAAACAUUAAAUGCAAAAAUAAUGAGAAAGUUAUCAAACUGGACAUGUAGUCAUAUUUUAAUAAUUUUUAUACAAUAUAGUUUCUUGAAUAUAAGAAGUAUUUAUUAUUAAGUAAUAAUUAUGCAAAGACCAAUCAUUCUGUGAAUCAUGUUUCAAAUAUUAAAAAUAUUUUUCACAAUAUGAUAAAUAUAUACACGAUUUUGUUCCAGGAUAUAACUGAUUUUGCUUUCGCUUAUGAUAGUUCUACUAUUUAAAGCAAUUUAUCAAUUUUAAUUUUAUAGUGGUUUACGACAAAAAUGAUUACAAGCAUAAUUCUUUAUUAAUUUUGAUGAACAAAAUCGCAUUUUAAAGAUAAAGGUUUAAGCUAGGGCAUGAUUUCCUUGCAUUUUUGAAAAAAUGUUAUUUUCUUUGAAAAAGAUGAUGUUUUUUCGAGAAUAAUUUUUUAAAUAUACAAUAUAUUCUUAUAAACAAGAUUAGAUAAAAAUUAAUAAGAAUAAAUGAAGCGGUAUGUUCUUCCCGUCUACAAAUUUAUCCGUCCAUACAAACCACUCCAAAUUCUAUUAUUUUUUCAACUAUCGCAACAGAUCUUAUGCCAGUAUUGCAUAUGCACACUUCACCAUAAAAAGUUCCUCAUUUAUUUUUGCAUUCCAAAAAUAAAAUAAAUCAAACAUUAAACAAAAA